AUGAAAUCCUUCUCGGCAACCCUGACAAUCGAACAACAACACAUCCAGCAAUGCGCAUACGCAAUCUUGCAUCUAAUCAGCUUCGACCGCUUAUUGGGGACCGUAAAGCCAGCAUAUGUCUCUGUGUUGGGAUUGCAGGUUCCAGCGAUCUCAGAUCCUCAACUAGACGCAAUUCUUCUUUCCCGGGCUGCGGAGCUAGCUAGUUUGGUCAAGGGUUCAGAAGGGUCGAGGAAGGUGGAAUUGAAGGUUGAAUUCAGCAUACCCACUCAUCCGAAAGCACGCACAAGUGGGGGUGGUGGUGAACAUAAGGGAGCUGGAGAGGCUGGAGGAGGUGGUGUAGGGGGGAUGGCAACCAACGCAGCAUCCUCGAUAAGAGCUUGGGCAACUCCGUGGUUAGCCUCAGCUUUUUCUGGGGGUGUUGGACAACCCGCACACCCAUACACUUGCUCUCCUACACCCAUUCCUGAGGGUAGUGAGGUGUUUGAAUCUUGGUCUAUAACUUUCCAGCCCUCCUCUCCAAAAACACAAGACAGCUCACAAGAAGCGCAAAAAGAACUCGCACGAAUCACAAAUCAAAUCCUAACCUACAUCACCAACCACAACUCUCAUCUGCCAACCACAUCCUCACCCUCACCCUACCCCUUUCACAUCUCGCUUCACACUACACCCUAA